CAAACGGUUUGUUUAUGUUUGAUUGUGCCGCAUUUUUACAAACACAGCGCGCUGCGGUUCAUUUUCCUCCGUGAUUCGUAAAACAUUCAGUGCAAUCAGUGGAAGAAGCAUCUCCACAAUCCAUCCAACACUCACAAAAACCACAAAAAUGUAUCUGCACGACUAUUUAAACAAGAUCAUGCGCGUGUGGAACGCGUACGAAGGGCAGGCGGUAGCGCGGUUCCUGUCGCUUCAGGAUUUUCACGUCAACGAUCCCAACCUGUACAAGGAAAACCCGGACGCCGCCGUCAGCCGACAGUUGCCCUCGCCGCUGGACGAAAUCGUGUCCGCCCAUCUCAAGGUGGUGUACCAUCUGAUGCGUUCCGAUCCGCCCAACUACGCGGAAGCUUACCGCUUUCAAACCGGCUGCAUACAGGCCGUGGUGAAGCUGCUGCAGCAGAUGAAGGAAGAAAACUGGAUCCUGCCCAUCAUGUACGUCGUCUCGAUCGAUCUGCGCCUGCUGGCAGCCAAGUGUGAGCAGCAAACGAAGAGUUCCAAGUGUGGCGAAAUUCUGGAAAAGGCGGCGGAAAGCUUGAUGUCCUGCUUUCGCGUCUGUGCCGGCGAUACGCGCUCCUCGGACGAGGACACCAAACGGCUCGGCAUGCUGAACCUGGUCAACCAGCUGCUGAAGGUGUACUUUCGCAUCAACAAGCUGCACCUGUGCAAACCGCUGAUCCGCGCGAUCGACAGCUCCAACUUUAAGGACAGCUUCACCCUUGCGCAGCGCAUCACGUACAAGUACUUUGCCGGCCGGAAGGCGAUGUACGAUUCGGACUUUAAGAAUGCGGAAGAGUACCUGAGCUUCGCGUUCGACAACUGCCCGCGGCGGUUCACGAAAAACAAGCGGCUGAUACUGAUCUACCUGACGCCGGUCAAGAUGCUGCUCGGGUACAUGCCGCGCAAGGAGGUGCUGGAGCGGUACAAUGUGCUGCAGUUUCACGAUCUCGCCUCGGCCGUGAAGGAAGGCAACGUGCGCCGGUUCGACGAAGCGAUCCGGCGCCAUGAGAUGUUUUUCAUCAACGCGGGCGUGUACCUGAUCGUGGAGAAGAUGAAGAUCCUGACGUACCGGAAUCUGUUCAAGAAGGUGCACCAGAUACUGCAGACGCAUCAGAUCGAUAUGAACGCGUUCCAGACGGCGCUCCAGUUUUCCGGCGCCGAGGACGUGUCGAUGGACGAGACACACUGUAUCGUGGCUAACUUGAUCUACGAGGGGCGCAUCAAGGGGUACAUCAGCUACCAGCACAACAAGCUCGUCAUCUCCAAGCAGAACGCAUUCCCGAGCGUAGUGGCCGCAUGAUCCGGCGAAGGGGAAGGGAUGGGGGCAUUUGUUUAGAUUGUAAUUGAACGUAAACUAUAUUUUUCCCACACAACAAUACAGACGACAUACGAAGCCGGCGCGGCGGAACCAAACAGCGGUAA